UGAAACCGAGCGAAGGCAAGGCCUCCGUUACGCUGAAGGGUGGUCGUGGUUAGGGUUAGGGUUUUAGGUUUCUUCGUCGAUCCUGGGGUUUUGGAGUUCGGAGUAGCGAGCUUGGAGUGCGAAUGGAUUGCUUGCCUCGACAGGUUCGAAGAAAUCGCGGUGCAGGUCAAUUGUGAGUGUUUUUGAAAGGGAUCGUGAGCAAAUUAUCGAGAAAUGGCAGGGAUGAAGCUGGCAGAGAUGCAGGGGGAAAAGCAGGGAGCUAAAGAAGAAGAGGAGGAAGAAGAUGAGAUAGGUUUCGAGGAAAUGGGAUUGGAUCCUCGGUUGCUGCGAGCCAUUGCCAAGCGCAAGCUACUCAAGCCCACUCCCAUUCAGACCAAGGCCAUUCCGCUCAUUCUUGAAGGGAAGGACGUCGUCGCAAGGGCUAAAACUGGGUCUGGGAAAACCCUCGCGUACCUACUACCUCUUGUGCACAAGAUUCUGGGAGACACCGGAGGAACUGCGUCAUACGACGGACCUAGGGCUUUUGUUCUUGUUCCAACCCGGGAGCUAUGUCAACAGGUUCAUGACGAUGUACGAUCGCUUUUCGAGCACUGCGGGGGCUCUUUGAAAGUCGUGCAGCUGACCACUAACAUGUCAGUGCAAACGCUGACAGCUGCCAUGGCGGGGCCACCAGAUGUUGUCGUCGCCACACCAGCUCGUAUUUCAGUCUGCAUCCAAAACGAAAUACUUCAACCGUCAGCUCUUCAACAUUCUUUAUCUACGUUGGUCUUGGAUGAGGCUGAUUUGCUUCUCUCUUAUGGUUAUGAAGAUGACCUGAGGAAGCUUGCUCCACACAUUCCACGACGUUGUCAAUGCCUACUGAUGUCUGCUACAUCAAGUCCGGAUGUCGAGAAGCUGAAAAAACUUGUCCUUCACAACCCUGUGAUCUUAACUCUUAUGGAAGACGCUGCAGACGAGAGCAUUGUUCCCAAGUCGGUCCAGCAAUUCAUGGUGAAAUGCAGAAAUGAGGACAAACUGUUACAUACACUAGCACUUCUGAGAUUUGAGUUGGUACAAAAGAAGUGCCUUAUUUUCGUCAACACUGUUGACAAAGGAUUUCGAUUGAAGUUGUUCCUUGAGCAGUUUGGCAUCAAGUCAGCUGUGUUGAAUGGGGAGCUUCCACAAAAUUCACGCAUCCACAUUCUUAAGGAAUUCAAUGUGGGGCUUUUCGACCACCUAAUAGCUACAGACGACGGUAAAUCAUCGCAACCAGUGAAUGACGAACCCAAGGACGAGAACGAGCCGGAAGAAGAUGUUUCUGCUGAAAAGAGGAUUCGAAAAAACAAGAAAAAACGAUUUGUCGAUGCUGAAUUUGGUGUCGUGAGAGGUGUUGACUUCAAGAACGUUCGAACUGUCAUCAACUUUGACAUGCCGCUCACACCAGCAGGUUAUGUACACCGUAUAGGGCGGACAGGUAGGGCCGGAAAUUCUGGCCUUUCGAUUUCUCUGGUGUCACCAAAAGAAGAAGGCAUGCUUUCGCUCGUGGAAGAUCUCCUAGGAGGUGAUUCCGAGAAGAGCUCUUCUAACAAGAGCAUCACUGCUUUCCCACUCCUCAAUCGGGCUGCAGUAGAGUCAUUGCGGUACAGAGCAGAGGAUGUGUCUCGUGGUGUGACGAAAAUUGCUAUACGAGAGGCGCGAGCUAAGGAGUUGCGCAUGGAAAUUUUGAAUUCUGAUCGAUUAAAAGCACAUUUUGAAGAUAAUCCGACUGAUCUAGAACUCUUAAAGCACGACAAGGUACUGAGCAAGAGGCAACCUGCAGUCCACCUUCAAACAGUGCCCGAAUACUUACGUGACCCCUCCACCGAGGCUGCAAGUAGACAAAUUAGAAUAGCCAGAGCAGUCAUAGGAGAGAAGCUGACGAACUUCAGACGACGUAAGCUAAAGAAAGCUGGAAAGGAAGACCCUUUGAAGACCUUUUCUGCGAAGCCGAAGAGGCGGAGGGACGGAUCUGAUGCCACUGGCGGGUUCAACAAGAAGAAGAAAGUUGGUGGUCAAGGAGUACCCAAGAAGAAGCACCACAAUAAAAAAAGAUAGUAAGUUUGAAAGCGGAAUGGAAUGUAUUGCGGCCAGGUUGAACCUGUGUUUACUGUGGGAGCUGGAGCUUGUCGGCUAUGAUAGCUCCCGUCUCAUUCUUUGUAUAUCUCUUAAUUAAUCAUCGGGAGUAACACCGUGUUAUGAUCUUGAGCCAAUAUGUUCACGUGUGAC